AUCAUACGUGUUUCUGUGUGUGUCGUUUGUCGUGUGUUGCGUGUGUGUGUCAGACUUGUUUGUUCUAAUACCUGUGAGUUCAUUGUUUUUAUCUUCGUCACAAAGUGUUUAAUAACAAAACAGUGUUUUCAGAAUCAUACGUGUCGUGUGUGUGUGACUUGUUUGUCCUCAUUCCUGUGAGUUCAUUGUUUUUAUCUUCUCAGACUGAAGAUGAGUGGUUAUGAGAAGGAAGUGGAGGAUAGAGCAGAGUCUACAGUGUUCAGCUGUGUGUCCAUGAAGAGUGACAUGUCCAAACGUCGUCCUCCAGACUUCAGUAAUGAACCUGGACCCUCACAUUCAAAACUGAAGAUGAGUGGUUAUGAGGAGGAAGUGGAGGACAGAGCAGAGUCUACAGUGUUCAGCUGUGUGUCUAUGAAGAGUGACAUGUCCAAACGUCGUCCUCCAGACCUCAGUAGUGAACCUGGACCCUCACAUUCAAAAGAGAGAACGAAGAUUCAUGUUUCUGAGGAGGAGCAGUCGUCCUGCUGUGCUUCGUGUCAGGACGUCCUAAAGGAUCCAGUCUCCACCAGCUGUGGACACUGGUUCUGCAGACAGUGCAUCACCUCAUACUGGGACCAGUGUGGUUCUUCAGGAGACUCCUCCUGUCCCCAGUGUGGACAAGGAUCAACAACAGAUGCUGGAGCUCAGACAGCCGAAGAUCAUGCUCUGCAGGAGGUUUUAGAUGAACAUAAGCUCAGUCUGAGGAAGAGAUGUGAACAUGUGACUGAAGGAACUGAUGAAACAGGAAGUAGAACCCUCCUCAACAGGAUCUACACUGAACUCUACAUCACAGAGGGACAGAGCGAAGAGGUUAAUACUCAACAUGAGGUGAGGCAGCUUGAGACAGCGUCCAAGAUGAAGAGCCUCCAGGACACUCCCAUCAAGUGCCACGACAUCUUUAAAGCCUUAGCUGACCAGCAGAGCAGAAUCAGAGUCGUCCUGACCAAUGGCGUCGCUGGCAUUGGAAAAACCUUCUUGGUGCAGAAGUUCACUCUGGACUGGGUAGAGGGUUUAGAAAACCAAGAGGUCCGUCUGCUGAUUGUGCUUUCGUUCAGGGAGCUAAACCUGGUGAAAGACGAGCAGUACAGUCUUCUCAAGCUGCUCCGUGUUUUCCAUCCAGCUUUACAGAAGCUCACGGCAAAGAUGCUCCAUGUCUGUAGACCUUUGUUCAUCUUUGACGGCCUGGAUGAAAGCAGACUUUCUCUGGACUUCCACGACAGGAAGGCUGUUUCUGAUGUCAGGAAGCGCUCAUCAGUCAAUGUGCUGCUGACAAACCUCUUCCGGGGGAAUCUGCUUCCCUCGGCUCUCGUCUGGAUAACCUCCAGACCUGCGGCGGCCAAUCUGAUCCCUCCUACAUGUGUUGACAGGUUAACAGAAGUACGAGGCUUCACUGACGCCCAGAAGGAAGAGUACUUCAAGAAGAGAUUCAGCGAUGAAGAAGAGCUUGGCAGCAGAAUCAUGUCACACAUCAAAGCGUCCAGGAGCCUCCACAUCAUGUGUCAAAUCCCAGUCUUCUGCUGGAUCAGUGCCUCAGUUCUGGAGCACAUGUUGACCACAGACCAGAGAGGAGAGCUGCCCAAGACCCUGACUGACCUGUACUCGUACUUCCUGCUGGUUCAGAUAAAGAGGAAGAACAACAAGUACGGUGAGGGACACGAGACGACUCCACAGCAGCUGAGAGAGGCUGACAGGGACAUUCUUUUGAAGCUGGGGAGGUUGGCAUUUGAACAUCUUGAGGAAGGAAAGAUCAUGUUCUACCAAGAAGACCUGGAGCGGUGUGGCCUUAAUGUCACAGAUGCCUCGGUGUACUCAGGAGUUUGUACUCAGAUCUUCAGAAGAGAGAGUGUGAGCUUCCACAAAUCAGUCUACUGCUUUGUUCAUCUGAGCAUUCAGGAGUUUCUGGCUGCAGUCUACAUGUUCCAGUGUUACACCCAGAUGAACACAGAUGUCAUUGAUAGCUUCCUUGGAGAAGACUUACAAUCCCGGGACUCAAUGCUGAACCGUCUUCGCUGUUACCUUUCAAAGUUUUUCCGACCGACUGACUUCUCUCACCCUCUGGUUAACCUCCUGAAGAGAACCAUGGAGAAAUCCCUCACCAGUGAAAAUGGUCAUCUGGACCUGUUUGUCCGCUUCCUUCACGGCCUCAGUCUGGAGUCCAACCAGAGAGUCUUAGGAGGCCUGCUGGGUCGGACAGAGAACAAUCCAAACAUCAUCCAGAGAGUCAUCGACAGCCUGAAGGAGAUGAAGAAUGAUAAAACUUCUCCUGACAGAAGCAUCAACAUCUUCCACUGUCUGACUGAGAUGAACGACCGCUCAGUACAUCAGCAGAUGCAACAGUUCCUGACGUCAGACAACAUAUCAAAGGAGAAACUCUCUGAGAUCCACUGCUCAGCUCUGGCCUACAUGCUGCAGAUGUCAGAUGAGGUUCUGUAUGAGUUGGACCUGAAGAAGUUCAACACAUCAGACCAGGGUCGACGAAGACUGAUCCCAGCUGUGAGGAACUACAGGAAGGCACUACUGGCUUGUUGUCGACUCUCAGAGACUCACUGUGAAGUCGUGGCCUCAGCUCUGAAGAUGAACCCCUCACAUCUGAGAGAACUGGAUCUGAGUACAAACGACCUGCAGGAUUCAGGAGUGAAGCUGCUGUGUUCUGGACUGGAGAGUCCAAACUGUCGACUGGAGACUCUAAGGCUGAGUCACUGCAGUCUGUCAGAGAUCAGCUGUUCUUCUCUGGCUUCAGCUCUGAGGUCAAACCCCUCUCAUCUGACAGAACUGGAUCUGAGUGGCAAUGACCUGGAGGACUCAGGAGUGCAGGAGCUGUGUGGUUUUCUACAAAGUCCAACCUGUCGACUGGAGACUCUGAAGGUGAAUGGCUGCAGACUGUCAGAGGUCAGCUGUUCUUCUCUGACUUCAGCUCUGAGGUCAAACCCCUUUCAUCUGAGAAAACUGGAUCUGAGAUACAACGACCUCCAGGACUCAGGAGUGAAGGAGUUGCUUGAUCUGGAGCAGAGUUCAGACUGUCGACUGGAGACUCUGAGAUGGCAGCCGCUGUCUUUGUGAAAGUGAAUGUGAAGAGGACAGUGCGUGUGGACAGAGGCUGAGCUGUGUCCUGAUGAUCCGCAGAGGCUGGAGCAGCAGCAGCAGCUUGUGUGUAGAGUGGCUCUGACUGGGCCUUGUUGCUGGGAGGCAGAGGGGGGGACAGAGGUCCAGAGGAGGUGAGCUGCUCUGACAUCAGCCUGACAGGGAGUCAUCAACCACACAGGGGGUCCACCAUCCUCCCUGUGUGUUCCUGUGGAUGUGACAGAGCAUCAUCAGUGUAUCUGCUCUGCUGCUCUGUCCUUUGACUCACAUCUGAAGAUCAACACUUCUAAAUUGAUUUGAGUGAAUUUGCAACAUUUUUUUCGACCUAUUCCUCAAUUCAUGAUCUUUACCGCUUGUAAAGCUCCACCCAGAAAGACCCCAUCUGUUCUUCAUCACUAGUAGCUGUAGUCGUAUGCCUUGUAAAUAUGUAAAUAUUGCCAAAUCUGGGUUUGUAUUUAAUGCACUUUAAACAAAUAUUUUAAUAAUGCACAUAAAUAUAGUCAUAUAUAUUUGUAUUUAUCUUAUUUCUCUGCCUUUUUAUGCACACUUUUCUCAACGAAAUGUUUAUUUUAAGGGUGAAGUCCCACUUUAUUGAAAGAUGUCCAAUUUGUGUCAUAAGACCUGUUGUGCUUUUUUCGUGUUACGAAGUGGUAACUUUUGGAUGAGAUUCUUCACCAAAUAUCUUCAAGAAAUUAAAAUUCGAUAUACAUUUUUUGCACCUUUAUGAAAUGUGGAAGGUAAUUUGUUUCUGAAUCAUUUACCAGACAUGUAAUGUAUUAUUUUGUUACUGUGUGGUCACCUGAUGGCGUGGACCAUUAUGAUUAGUAGGCUGGGUUCAGCGCCGCCUGACGGAUGCAGGGAGUGUCAUGUUCUCCUUUUGUUAAGCAAUUUGUAGCUUUGUUAAGAAAGAUUUUAGACAAAGAAAACUUUACUUCUCAUGUCUUGUAUGCUUACAGAUAAAGUCACCAGUGCAUGUUUGUAUUCCAAGCUAUGAACAAAUGUGUGCGAGUAGAAUUGAAACACAGAAAUUCUAUUAGGAUGCAAACUUCUAGAAAUCGCAGAUAAGUUGUGAGUUUACACAGGAAAAUACGAUUAAAUUGUUUUUAUGCAAAGACAAAACAUUACUGUUUGUUUUGAGUGUUUCUCAUGUUUUCCUUUUCCUGCCCUGAACCUGACACUGCUGACAUCAAUCCUUCAGCACAGCCCCAGAGAGCAGAGCUCCAGGGAAACAUUCAAACAUUAACUCAGCACAGACUCUGCUGCCUACAGCCUCAACCUGUGCAACCUGAGACCUGUGACUGGGAUCAAGUGAAAAUUUGUUAAAAAUAAAACAUCAGCGCAAACGUGUUUUCAAACUGCAGCUUUAUUGUUCA